AUGCCUGAACCAAGAAUUCGUCACAGCACAGUACUGUGUGGUGAUAGUAUUUUGAUCGUUGGAGGAAAGAACUCAAGGGACUGCAAAGACAACCUUAGCAGUGUCUUAAGCUAUGACAUAAAGAAGAAUGAAUGUCAACAGUUACCUGCGCUUCCCUAUCCAGUGAGUGCAAUGGCGACAGUCAAGUGGGCUGAGAAUGUCGUGAUCAUUGGUGGGGCUGACAAGGAUGAUAAAGCAUUAAACAAUGUUAUAAUUUAUAACAUCAAGACUGGAAACAGUCAUAUGUUGCCUCCCAUGUUACACGACAGGAAAGGAUGUAUGGCAGUUGUUAGUGAGAAUACAAUUGUAGUACUAGGAGGCAAGGAUGAGAGAGGGAAUCAUUUGAAAUCAGUUGAAGGUUUCAAUUUUGAGCGAUUUUCAUGGGAGGAACUUCCUGAAAUGAAGGAAGCCAGAUACCAGGCUACAGCUGUCGUAAUUUAGACAUGAUCGCAAAUUAUUGUAUAUAUGUUUUGUAGAAUUAUUAAACUUUGACAUGUAUCUCAAACGUUUUCGAAAUUAGCAUAGAUCAAAGAAGUGCUUGACUUUUGCGAUGUGUUGUAAAUAUUAUGUAGAGUAGAAUAUGUUAAAAUGCAUGCU